AUGGCUGAAUUGGACGAUGUUGGUACUUUCGGCGUCUGGGACUACGUGGUGUUCGGCUGCAUGCUGCUCAUCUCGUUGGGCAUCGGUUUCUUCUACGGCUGCACCGGUGGAAAGCAGCGGACCACGGCCGAGUUCCUGCUGGCCGACCGCAACAUGAACCCCAUCCCCGUAGCCAUGUCGCUGGUGGCUAGCUUUAUCUCAGCGAUCACGGUGCUGGGUACGCCGGCCGAGGUCUACAUCUACGGCUCCAUGUUCUGGGUCUUCUGCUUUACUUACCCCAUUGUCGCCCUCGUGGUGUCGCGGCUGCUUAUUCCGACAUUUUUCAGACUUAAUGUAACCAGUGCAAACGAGUACCUUGAGUUACGCUUCAACAAAGCCGUUCGCAUCGCGGGUACUUUAACAUUUUUCCUGUAUAUGGUAUUUUACAUGGGAGUAGUCAUCUAUGCUCCGGCCUUGGCACUCAAUGCAGUGACCAAUAUCAGUUUGUGGGGGUCCGUCCUGGCCACAGGACUCGUCUGCACCGUUUAUACAACAGUUGGUGGUAUGAAGGCCGUGCUGUGGACCGAUGUGUUUCAGAUGUGCGUCAUGAUGGCAGGCUUUCUGGCCGUCAUCAUCGAGGGCGCCAUCCGGCUGGGUGGACUCGGCAACGUCUGGCAGAUCGCCGAGGAAGGGGGCCGCAUCGACUUCUGGAACUUCAACUUCGACCCAAGCAUUCGUCAUACAUUUUGGUCCAUUGCCAUUGGGGGAACCUUCACGUGGUUGGCGACUUACGGAGUUAACCAGGCCCAAGUACAGCGCUAUAUGACGACAGGCAGCGUCAAAAGAGCCCGGAUAGCUCUAUGCUUAGCAGCUGUUGGCAUGAUAGUUGUCGUUUCGGCGGCCUGUUUGUCUGGUCUCGUCAUGUACUCCUUCUACGCUGAGAAACAGUGCGAUCCCUUCACCAGCAACAAAGUCUCACAGACCGACCAGUUAAUUCCUUACUUCAUGAUGGAGUUGUUCGGGCGGAUCCCUGGCCUUCCAGGAUUCUUCACUUCAGCCGUUUUCAGCGCCGCACUCAGUACGGUUUCUUCUGGGCUGAACUCUCUCGCCGCUGUCACGGCUGAGGACAUGGUCAAGCCGUGUUUCCCCCGCAUCAGUCAAGAGCGAUACACACUGGUUACCAAAGGCAUCGCACUUGGGUUCGGCGUGCUUUGCAUACUGAUCGCGUACAUAACUUCAUUGCUUAAUCAGGGCGUUUUACAGUUUGCACUGAGCCUCUUGGGCAUGACCGGAGGUCCUCUACUUGGUCUGUUCAGCCUGGGACUGUUCUUUCCCUGGACUAACUCAAAGGGUGCGAUCACGGGGCUGGUGACAGGCCUGGGUUUUGCCUUUUGGGUCGGUAUCGGGGCAAUCAUUUACCCUCCAAGCGCCUACAAACCACCGCUAACCACUGAAGGAUGCAACCUGACCACUACCACACCCAGCCCACUUCUGACGACGUCUCUCCCGCCAGAAAUCCCACCCAUUGCUGAAUUUUACACACUCUCAUACACCUGGUAUGCUUGCGUCUCUUGGCUUGUGACCAUCUUCGUUGGACUUCUGGUCAGUUUCCUGACAGGUACCACCAAGAGGCAAGACAUCGACCCUGUCCUUCGGUCUCAUUGCGUGGACGGUCUGUACUGCUGCCUCCCAGAAGUGAUUAAGAAGCCACUACGAUGCGGAGACGAGAAACCGGAUUACACCAAGAAGGACGAAGAGGCAGAUAUGUUCGAAGUGAAAGAGGUCAAACUAGACUUGACCAAUCACGCCCUGGGUAACGAUGAUGUUGACAUGGUAACAAUUGCCAAUGACCAUCCUGGUGGUACUGACAAGGAUAACGGCCUAGACAAUGAGGUUUUCACAGCUCUUUAA